GAAUUACCAAAAUAGGGCACGUGGAAGGAGAGGAGACUCGGAAGCUUGUUGGUCGUAAGCCGACUUGGUGCAUCACGUCCCAGAAGUUUCGCACACCUGCUUGUGCGAGCAGUUGCCGCAGUCUUUCUCUCCAACCAUGUUCUCCUUUCCACGCCUGACCGAUGAUGAUUUCCCUCUGGAUCGACGUUCAUGUCAAUUGCUUGGUCCGACCGCUUUGGUCGUCCAGGCGCUCAUGGGCGUGCUCGCAAUACUUUCGCUGGUGUAUAAGAGACAUCGUGAGCCACAGAAACGACCUUGGAGAAUAUGGCUCUUCGAUGUAUCCAAGCAAAUUGUUGGACAGAUGUUUGUACACGGUGUCAAUGUUCUGAUAUCCGACCUUGGUUCACACCAUAAUGCCGGCAACGCCUGCACCUACUACUUUCUCAAUGUUCUCAUCGAUACCACUCUCGGUGUUGCUAUAAUAUACGUCGUGCACCAUGGUCUCACAUACCUCUUGGCAAAGAGACUGCAACUCAAAGGUUACGAGUCGGGGCAGUAUGGCUCUCCACCGUCGAUAGCGUAUUGGGCGCGUCAGGCCGCAGUCUACGUCUUUGCGUUGACGACAAUGAAAAUGAUUGUUGUAGGGUUGUUUGCAGCGUGGCCAGGAAUAUCGAAGGUGGGAGAUUGGUUGCUCAGCUGGACUGCUAUUGGUGACGGCGAUGCCUUUCAAGUCAUCUUUGCCAUGGGUCUCUUCCCUAUCAUCAUGAACAUCCUUCAAUUCUGGCUCAUCGAUUCCAUCGUUAAAGCCUCUUCAAGCUCUGCCGAACUUCCCACCAAUUCACCCCGUAUGUCUGAUGUGCAUGAUCGAGAACCGCUCUUUCGUGCACCAGAAGACGACGAGGACGAGGACGAUGAUCAUUGUGACAUAGAGAACCCUCGACCCACUUACAUAAGGAUGCCAACUGGAGAUGACGCAGAAACGAUAGUUGUAUCUGAAGACUUCAAGGGAAAAGAUAGCGGAACCACCUCUCCAUUAUCGAUACCCAAGUCUUCUACCCCAUCUUCUCUCGUGCCGCACGAUUAUCCUCCAAGCGUCGGAAGUUUGUCAUCUCAUAGCUCUCGCUCUCGGCACAAGUACAAGCGUUCCCCACCUCCCCCAUUGGAGUUCCAUACGUCUCAUAUGCCAGCAAUCAACUCCCCUGAUCCCCCUCGAUCGCAUCAGGCUGAUGUGGACCGCAGCUCAUCGGCAAGAGAGGAUCGUGAUGGGCGACUAGAGGAUGAGGAGCGUGCAGGCACACGGACAGAACAGACCAGGGGUAUCGUCAGUAAGAUUUGGCGCCAUACGCUUGGGAGCUUGUGAACAUCGGUUUCUGCUGUCAUCAUCCCACAUUCAUUCAUUCAUCAUGUAUGAUUCCUUUUCGCUGCACCACCCAUUUGUAUCAUAAAUUCACGGGGUAAUAUUAAUAUUAGAGCGUUUGCUCACAGCUGGACACACUUUUUUUUGAUUUUGAACUGACGCGAUAGACAAGCACAUGCGUAUGAUGGCGCUCAC